AUGAAUGCAAGUUUCAAAGAAUUGACAAUUGUAAAUCCACCACCAUUAUUCGUAGACAUCGAGAUAACUGAUAGUUUUCGACGUUCACUUUACAAGAGAGCAGUUAAUAAAGCACCAAUUGUCAAGAGAACAGUUAAUAAAGUGCCAAUUGACGAGUUAAUACACUUCAUCAAUGAACGUCAAAAGAUCUUUAUAAAGAAAUCGAAAGGUAUGCCAUUUCCUUAUACUGAAGAUAAAGUGUUAUCUAAAUUCCGAUUCACUAAUGUGUUUCGUGAAGAUGACAAAACCUCAGUAAUAAUAACAAAUAUCCUUUCCGAUCAUGACCCAACUGAUGAAUUCUAUCUCAUUAAUCUUAUCAUUCAUCGUCUUGUUUCACGAAAAAGUAUCAAUGAACGACUUAAGUACAUUACAGAUAUUGAUGAAGGAUGGGCGAUACUCGAAAAUCGAAAAAAUCGUGGUUUACCGGUUAGUACAAACGCAUUUCAAAGUACUAUUACUUUCGAAGCACGAAGAGAUCAAUGGGAGAAAGUAUUUGAAUAUGGGAAAAAGGUAUGGGCGAAAAUUAUCAAACGAAAUCCACAACCAACAUUAUAUGAUGCUUAUAUCGAGCUGAAAGAGGAUAAGGAUAUUCCUCAGAUAGGAACCUUCACUGCAUGGCAAAUUGCCUGCGACAUGUUAAUGAUGGGAAUGGUGAUGUAUGGGGAUAAUAAGGCGUUUGCUAUAUUAGGCCCAGGCGCUGAAGAAGGUCUUAAAUACUUUGAGAGGAGUUAUAAUUUUGAGUUAUUACUGCAAAAAGUAAAUAUGCAUCUUGGGUCACAUUUUGAAGGAAGAACAUUACGCGGUUUGGAUUUAGAACAUAUUCUUUGUGAAUUCCAAAAAUAUUAUAAAGCCACCCAAGGAGACUCGAGAGGUUUGCGAAAGUAUGAAGAUGAUUAA